AUGUCUUCUAUUUCAUACGCCAAUGCUGCCAGUGGAGCUCCCACCAAGGCAGAAAAGUCUGAGAUCAUAGCCGACACCACCCCCGUGGCCACAAGUGCGGUCUCCCCUCCAGUUGCUGCACCAGCAGAAACGCCUGAAGGUUCUGAAAAACCAGAGAAGGCGGAAACCAAGCCAGAAGCGCCCAAAAAGAACUUGGCUCCAGCACCGGUACCAGAAAAAAAUGCCUGGGGUACUGCUCCGGCCGCAGCUCCUGCAAACUCGGUUUCUGCCCCAUUCCAGGUGUCCCUCGGUUCGUCGAAGCCAUCUGCCAAAAUCACUAACGGUAAGGAGAAGUGGGUCCCUUUCAAGGCAUCUGUUGUGUUGCCCACACCAUCUUCUGGAAAGUCAAAUGGAAAGCCCCAGAACAAAUCGAAGGCAAAGAAAACCCCUCAGGGCAAUGGAAAGCCUACCGACCCCAAAGCGCCCAAGCCAAAGAGCACUAAGAAGCCGGCCAAUGGCGUAGCCAAGUCAGAAGAAGUGAAGCGUGAAGAGAAAAAGACCACCGAGGAAGAGCAGGCUCAAGAAACCACGUUGGAAGAACAGCACAGCGAAUCACAAUCUCUGAGUUCCGAGCCAGCGGAAUCAGAGCAGCAGCAUUCUGACCUACAACAGCACCAAUUGCCGCAACAGCAUAGAAACUAUAAGGGAACGGAUUUCCAGCCUCGUCAGAAUGGCUACAAGAAGUAUCCUCGUCAUGGUUCCAACGGAACUGCCAGUCACCACCACCAAAAUGGGUUUCAUCAUAACGGUAACCAUCACCACCACCAAAACGGAUUUCACCACAACGGUGUUUUCCAACCUCAACAACCCCAGGCGUUUGUUCCUCACAAUGGCUUCAUGCGCUUCCCUCAAAUACCUCCUCAGUUCAUGAUCCCACAGCCCCAGCAUCAACAGCAACAGUUUUUCCAGGAGGCUCUCUUCUCGCUGUCUAGACAGAUAGAUUACUACUUUUCGACCGAGAAUCUGGUCAAGGACAUCUAUUUGCGCAAGCAGAUGAACUCGAAAGGUUACAUCCCAUUGCUGAAGAUUGCUUCGUUCAACAGAGUGCUUGCGCUCAGUGGCGGAGAUUUCAACAUGGUGUUGACAGCUCUCUCCAUGUGCCAGAACCUGGAAACCGUUGGAACCGAGAUUAUCAAGCUCAGAACCAAGUUCGGCUACGAGAAGUGGGUCCUGCCAUUCGACCAAAGAGAAGAAUCAGGUAAGGACGAAUCGGUACCCGAGACUGCACCUGUGGUGCCAGUUGCCGCUGCCGAGGAAAGUGCUGCCGAGACGGAGGAGGUUGCUAACGAGAACAUCUGA